AUGACUACGUCGUUAAAAAUUGAGGGGCAUUCUGAGGAAGCUAAGAAGCUGGUGAUGUUUCCAUUUACAUUGUCAGAAGAUGCUGAAGAGUGGUUCUACUCUUUACCUGGUGGAAGCAUCACAACUUGGCAACAGAUGGAAACAACUUUUCUCAAUGAGUACUUUCCGGCCUCUAUAUACAUCCGAAAGAGGUAUGACAUAGUGAAUUUUAAACAGAAGGAAGGAGAGUCACUUGGAGAUGCAUAUAAGAGGUUCAAACGAUUGUUGGUUGCAUGUCCUACUCAUAAUAUAGAUGCAACGGAGCAAAUGCGGAAUUUUGUAAAUGGUCUUCAGAUGAAGACUAAGCAACUCAUUGACGCAGUAGCUGGUGGCUCAACUAACUUUACAACAACCACUGGUAUUAAAAAGAUUAUAGAAGCCAUUGCAGCCAAUGAGCACUUGGAGUUGUAUGACCGUAGUGUUAGUCAACCCGAAGGGAUAAUUGACCUGAAAUUGGCAAGUCAAGUGGUGAAGAUGGAAGACCAAAUAGCAACUGAAGUAGAAAGAAGACUGAAGAAGAUGGCUAUUGAUACUCAAACUGUGGCACAAGUUCAACCGGUUCAACCAACUCAAGCUAGUAAUUGCGAAAUUUAUGGAGGACCUCAUCUUAUCGCACAUUGUGUUGCAACCGCACAACAAAUUGAGGAGAUCAAGUUUCUAAGGCAGAACAACCCUUAUUCAAAUACAUACAAUCCGGGUUGGAAAAAUCAUCCAAAUUUCUCAUGGAAGGAUUAA